CCCUUGUCUGUGAAGGCACAGCGAGAGACCUCCAGGGCGGAGCUGCGCGAGUCUCUGGGCGCUGCAACUUCUGCGGUGUCCGCUCGUCUGAGCACACAGGAUCCUGCUCCGGAGGACGUGACGAGGCUGCGAUCGGUGCUGGGCGAGGCAAGAGCCAGCGCGAGCUUCAGUGAUGCAGAGCUCGUGCAGGCCGAGCAGACGCUUUUCAAGGCAUCGCAGCUCCAGCAGGCCACGCUCCAGCAGGUUGCCUCUCCGGCUGCGAGUCCGAAGCCAGCGCAGGCCUCCUCUCCUGCCAGGGUGUCCGGCACCCCACCGGCGGCCACACCUGUGUCUUCACCUGCCUCGCCCACUCCCCCAGCUGAGCAGAUGGCUAUGAAGGACAAGGUGUCGAAGCUGCUCCAGACUCUGCUUGCAGGAGGCAGCGCACCGGAGUCGCUUCGCAAGGCCGCGGAGGUCGCGGCUGCUGCAGGCCUUGCGCCCGAGAUUUGUGCCUACGCACGAUCGGCUGCAGAGAGUCGGAGCAUCGCGCAUGAAAAGGCUGUCGCAGCAUUGGCGUCUGGAAAUCUUGAUGCGAUUCGUCAAGCGAAGAUCGACGUCGAGCUGGCUGGGGGUCCAAACUCCGAUCUGCGGCAGCUCACACAGGCCUUGGAGAUGCAGCGGGUCCCGGCCACGGCUCCCGCAACUGCUUCAGGCUUCCAUUCCCAGGUAGACGUGGAAGAGCUGCGACGGCGCGAGGAGCAGCUUCUACAGCGGCUUCGCCAGGCACGAGGCCGCCACCUCGACGAGCUCCGGCGCGAGUCCAGCCCACCCAGCACCCGCCAAGCGGGAUGGUCCGGCUUCAGUGCGCCUGCACUGCCUCAAUACCAGCCUGAUUUGCGCAAGAUCCAGCAGCCAAGGAGGCUCGCCGAGACACCGCUGGAAGAGGCACGUCCGCGGCGGGAAAUUCAGACAGAGCCAGACAUCCGCAAGGUGCCUCGACCCACGACAAACACCCGUGAUUUAGCUUCAAGGCCGGCGCCGCAAAGUGACGGAGCACUGCCCCACAGUUUCCAUGGUGACCACGGCGAAAGGUGGCUGAAUCCCUUCGGCAUCGACCCUGUGAAGCAGGCCUUCGAUCCGAUGGGCUUGCCACCUUCAGACUACAAAUCCAUGUUAACGAACGCGCGACGCCUGAUGCAGGCGCCCGGUCGGCCCUUCGAGUCCCCAAGCUUCUGGCGAGCCGAUGGGGAUUGCUACCCUUACUCAUGGUGGCGACUGGAGUCUCUGCCGGAAUGGGCUGGUGGCCAGCUCGCUUUCAUGGGCGCCGUUCCGUGGCAGUACACCGAAUACCCUUCUCUGUAUGGCGGACCCUGUAACGUAAAUCGAGAUGCGUCCGUAAAACCUACGGAUGCGACAAUUUUCCUCUAUGCCCACCGGGACAGCGAGAAUUUCAGGUGCGCAUACCGUGAAAGCGAACACGCGAAGGCGGCCGAGGCAUCUCUCUUGGAAGUCACCUCGAGCAGCAAUGUGACCUCGGUGGCCUGUGAUCUUCAAAGCUUCGACAGUGUUAGAGAUGCAGCUGCAAAGCUCAAGUUGAUGUUUGAAGAGAAGGGCAUCGAUAUUCUUUGCAACACUGCUGGUGUCAUGGCACUGGCCGAUGAGGCCACCAAGGAUAGCUAUGACGUGCAGAUGCAGACCAACCACCUGUCGCACUCUUUACUGACCAAAGAGCUCUAUCCACUUCUUGAGAAGGCAGCGGGGCAGCGAGGAGAUGCUCGGAUCGUAAACCACUCCUCCGGCGCUCGGAAGUUUCCGAGCACACCGCUGGAUGCCAAAUACCUGGGCAAGAAUGGGGGCAACUUGGGUGGCAACGGCAACUCGGUGUUUUUCGGCGGGGGCCGCUUUCAGAGGUAUCAUCAAAGCAAGCUGGCCAACGCAGUUUUCACCCUGGCCUUGGACGAGAGGCUGCGGGCCAAGAACUCCAAGGUGAAGGCACUUUGCGUGGCCCCAGGGGUGGCUCGCACCAACCUGGUGGCUACGGCCAGGGCGGACGAGUUCCAGGAAGAUACCUUCAUGAUGCGCUUUGCGCAAACUGGAGAAGAUGGAACCAUGCCCCUUCUCAAGUGCUGUGUUGGAGAAGGCUUGCAAUCUGGCGAGUUCUACGAGCCAGACUUCUGGGUAGCCAUCCGAGGCAAACCGAAAAAGAUUAAGAUGGAGCCCGUCUGUAUGAAACUGGAAUCCAGACAGAUUCUUUGGGAAGAAAGUGAGAAGGCUUGUGGCCCCUUCAACAUCGAGCCCGCUCUGGAAGCAGCCUCCUCUUGGAGGUACUGCUGCGACCCUGGACAGUCGAAGCAGGGACCCUUCAGCUUCAGGUGUGACAUGUGCCAUGUGAGCACCCGGACUGCUGGUGACCUUCAUGCACACGAGGCCGGCAAGAUCCACAAGAAGCGCGCCCACCUCGAGCGGCUCUGGCAGGCGGCGCUGAAGGACGCGGUGGACCGGUCCAUCUUGCAGGUCACCUGCAACUUGCAUCUGCUGCGAUCUACACCGGACGCACAGGAAGAGGCAGCGGCAGGCCCCCAUCCAGCGCUGGAGAGGUGCGAGUGGUGCUGCCCUCCUUUGACUGCUUUGGCAACGCUCCUGCCAAAAAGUCCGACGGAAGCCCGCUGGCUGGGCCUCAUGGAGGAUGGGCGGACGGCACUCUUGCAGCCGAGCGGCUUUGGCGGUGUGAUGGAAGAGUAUGCCUCUGAGUUCAUGCGCCUGCGCGCAGAUGCCAUGGCCCGGCUCCAGUCUCUGAAGGAGUCCCCGAGCCCGGGCAAGACGAAGUCCUUGGAGAAGGCCAUCGAUGACAUGGAAUCCAACUGGCGGCAGAUUCAGGUACAGCUCCGACUUGGCCUCUCGGGCGCGGGCUCCUCGCGAGAAUGGGAGCCUCGAGUAAAGGAAUGGGGCAACGAGGUGAAAUUGAUGCGGAAGGAGUUGGAUUCCGUCCAAGAGGAGUUCAACAGGAGGUCCCUGAAUCUCGGCUCCACUGCCGGUGGCUUCGAGCGCGCCGGAGCACUGCAGGCCACGGAGCUCAUGGACAGGAGCUCUGCGAAACUGGCGGACGCCAAACGCGUGGCCUUGGAAACCGAGGAGGUCAGCCAGGGUGUUCUGAAUGACCUCUCCGCGCAGCGUGAGACCAUCAUGAGUGUACGCGGCAAUGUGCGGACCAUCGACUCAGAGUUGACCUCGGCCCGGCGCUCCUUGGACCGGAUGAUCUCCCUGGCGCAGAGGAACAGGAUGGCGACGAUUGUCAUUGCCACCAUCUUUGCCCUGGGCCUCUCCUUCUGGGCUCUCUGUGCUCUCGGCCUGCCCCUGAAGCAGACGCUGCUUUUGGCCUCGCUGGUGGUGCUUUGCCUGGCUGCGGGGCUGACAGUGAGGCGGCGGAUGCGAUCCGGCCGCUGGGAGAGUGCCAACCGCGGCUGGUGCCCAGUUGCGAAGAUCCGAUGA